AUGCCGCGAUCUUUCUUGAUAAAACAAAAAGUGAUCAAGAAAUACUCGCGUGAUGAAUGCUGUUAUCCUGAUAACGCCCCAUAUUUCUGGCCAGAUGAUACAACAGCAGAACUCGACAGCCCACCGUUCGGGUAUGAAAAAAUGUACGACCUAGGACCUAAUCGCAAAGCUGCAGAUGAUCAUCAAAUAAGAGAGGAUUUGGCAUCAUGGAAAUCGCGAGAAAUCAUAGAUCAUGGGGGUUUAGAGGAUAAUCGGGUGCCUAUGGGAUCGCCAAACUCUAAAAGUCCACAAACACCAUCUAUGUUCUAUGAAAAUCAUUGGAUAACACAGUCGACCCUAUUUCCUUUCCCUUUUCACGAUUUUGAGAAGAGACAACAGGCCGAGGGGGUUGAAGGAGAGUCAACAGAAAACCAGAAGUCGCAACUACAAUGUGCCACGUGUAAAGCGAAGUUUGACACGCGCAAUGCAUUAGAAGAACACGCGAAAACGCAUUCAAAUACCAAUCGAAACUACACGUGCAAUUUCUGCAACAAGUCUUUCUCUCGCUCCUGGAAUUUUCAACGGCACAUUUUGAUUCACAAAGGUAAAAUAAAGUGUUUAUGA